AUUGGCUGCUGUGCUCUCCCUGAGAGAAGAUGGCGGAGCAGGGUCUGGAGAGGAUUCCUGUGGUGGAUAUAGACCCGGACGGCGUGUUUAAGUACGUGCUGAUCCGGGUCAGUGUGCGGGAAGGCUCGGACGAGUCCAAGGACAUUGUGCGGGGCUACGGCUGGGCGGAGUAUCACGCUGAUAUCUAUGAUAAGGCGGCUGCAGAGAUCGAGAAGGAUCGGGUCUAUGACUGCGAGUGUCUGGGAGGAGGCAGAAUUAACCACUCCAGCAGCAACAAGAAAAUCCACAUUUAUGGGCACUCCUUGGGUUUCGGCCGGGCCAGACACGCAGUGACCAUGGAGUUAGUAAAAGCGAAGUAUCCGGACUAUGAAGUGACCUGGUCAGAUGACGGAUACUGAAGAAACCCCGCAGCAACCUACCGCGUGUGGAACCGAGGUGCUGUGCCUCUGCCUUAUGUCCACAAGGGGGCAGCGCUGUGUUAUCUAAUAGAUUUGUUAUUACCAUGGAACUGUGAUCGGGGGCGGUGUGAGUAUAGCGGGCGCUGCCGCACCAGGUGGUAUGGUGAUGGAUGAGUGCAGCGCCACCUGUUGGCAGCAACCUAAAUACAAUUUACACUGCACUGACCCCCCCCCCCCCCAGCGACUACCGUGUGCCCCAUGUCGCCCCCUAUCGCCGGCAGUUCCAUAUCUGUUGUUUGCCUGAUGCUUAAAUCCUAUGUAAAUAAAUGAGCGUGUGGGCAAUGUA